CCACCCACCACACACCAUUAAUAAGCAAACAUGUUUCAUCAUCCAUCACCACCGACGAUCGUCGACAAGUUCCUAACAUUCAUCAACCAAUCUCCAACCCCAUUCCAUGCGGUUUCAAAUGCCAUCAAACGUCUGGAAUCUGCAGGAUUCAAACGCUUAAAGGAACGCGACCAAUGGAACGGGUUGAUCCAAAAGGGCGGGAAAUAUUUCGUGACUAGGAAUCAGAGCUCUAUCAUUGCAUUUGCUGUUGGUGGGGCUUAUGAGCCUGGAAACGGAAUGGCGAUCGUAGGCUGUCACACAGACUCACCUUGUUUUAAAAUUCGACCGGUAUCCAAACAGACCAAAAUGGGAUAUCUUCAAGUGGGAGUUGAGACGUAUGGGGGAGGGAUCUGGCCGACCUGGUUAGAUCGAGACCUUGGAAUUGCUGGACGAGUGAUUGUCAAGGACCAACCCAGUGGAUCCACCGACUCGGAUAGCUUUGUCUCCCAUCUCGUCCAUAUCCCGCGCCCGAUCCUACGCUUUCCUACCCUGGCUAUCCACCUCGAAAGAACUCAAACCGAUCAACUCAAAUAUAAUCCCGAAACCCAAAUGAUUCCAAUCCUCUCGAUGGCCACUGAACAAUUGAAUGAGACUGCGAAGCCGACCGAGUCGGCCUCCGCGAUCAGCAAGUCUGCGCUGUCGACCCAAGAGAACCACCAUCCGUUGUUGCUCUCGAUCCUGGCGGAGGCCUUGUCGGAGAAGCUUGGUGUGCCAGUCAAGGAGAGCGAGAUCCAUGACCUCGAGCUGUCGCUCUUCGACACCAGCCCGUCGAUCGUCGGCGGGGGCCGGGCCGAGUUCAUCUUCUCCCCCAGACUCGACAACCUCUUCAGCUCCUUUGCCGCCUUUGAGGCCCUCGCACAAUCCGUCGAGGGUGGACCUAACUCGAAAGGACUCGAACAGAGCGCACUCAUUCGCACGAUCGCGCUUUGGGAUAAUGAAGAGAUCGGCUCGGUCUCUCACCAAGGAGCUGAAUCAAACUUCUUAGAAGCAAUUCUCACUCGAGUUUCCAGCUCAUUCAUGAACCAACCCUCGCCAGCCUUAACCGAACAAACGCUUGCUGCCUCCUUCUUACUCAGCUGUGAUAUGGGACAUGCCGUACAUCCCUGUUAUCCUGAGAAACAUGAGCAAAAUCAUCGUCCGCUCAUCAACAAAGGUCCGGCGAUCAAAACGAAUGCCAAACAAAGAUAUGCGAGUACCGCUGCGACGACGUUCUUGCUCCGUCAAGUGGCCGCGAUAGCUAAGGUGCCCUUACAAGAGUACGAAGUCCGCAAUGAUAUGGCGUGUGGAUCGACGAUCGGUCCAUUGGUCUCGAAGAUCGGCCUACGCACGGUCGACAUAGGAUGUCCACAACUCUCGAUGCACUCGAUCCGCGAACAGGCCGGCUGCCAGGACCUGGUCUAUCUCACCGCGCUCUUCGAGAACUUCUUCGAACACUUCCAGACCGUCGAUUCUCGGCUCUCUACUGGCGAAUGAACUCCCCAGCGCCUUCCUUUUACAGAUUCUUGUUUCUCUCUCUUCCCUCCCAUCCGAGUCACUUCUCCCAUUUGUUGAUCAGGUUAAGUACACUUGGCCUUGCUCAAUUGGUGGCCUUUCGUUUUCUCUUCUAAUGUCAACUAAGGUCAUGUAAUUUGUUUUUGCAAAGUCGGGUGUGGCUAUAGAGCAAAGCGGGAAAAGAAGGAAACAACGGUGAGCAGACAAGGAGAAAAGAAGAAGAAUCUCAGGCUGUGAUUCUUUCAGAUCUUGUGGUCCUAUCCUCUUCUGCUUCUUUUCCUCUCCUUGCACAGGUGCACUGCAAGAGAUGCAUAAUCAUGAAUAUUUC